AUGAAUUAUUUGCCAUCAGAAGGAGGAUCCCCAGGUCAUGGGGACCAACUACAGCAACAGGGACAGAUAGAGUUUCACUACGAUCCAGCCUAUGGAAUCAAGACUCCCAAACCCAACGAUAUUGUUUGUGGAAGAGGGAAAAUGACAGUGGCACAUCCAGGGAACCGAAGAUUUCGCCGGCUGGUGAAUAAUCGCAAAGAAGACUAUCAGAAAGCAAGACGACGAGACCACAAGACAAGAAUUACAUUGGAGCUAGUUCAAGAACUUCGAGCGGGUCCUGAUGGAGGAAGGUUCUUGCUCUACGACGCUCGCACCAGGCUUUGGUACGAGGUGGGAGAUGGGUAUGCUAGGGAAAAGAUAUCCCACUCGUUGCGUUCCCGUCCUAGUGAACAACGACGGGUCAAACCAAAGCCACGCAAGAGAGCUGUCCGAAAGCCGGCACAAUCUCCUUAUUUGGAAGGUCUCGUUCAACGAUUGAUCGCGGACCAGCAAGCGUUACUCAAAUCAAUGAUUGCUAAGGAAACUCAAAGCGAAUUGUCAGCUGCUGCUGGAUUAGAGAAAAUGGGGCAAGAUGGUGCUGUGGUGGCUGAAGCUGAGGAAGAAGCCGAGCCAUCACAUCAAAAACAGGCAGCAAUAUGA